AUGUUCAUCACGUUGGGUUUCCUGAUGGUGUAUUCUGUUGGUCCUUUCGUCUCUUAUCACGUCAUUGCCUACUUGGGCCUGGCAAUAGUGACGGUCUUCUGCAUCAGUUUUUUCUUUAUGCCGGAGUCACCUAUUUUCCACUUAACUAAAGGUAAUAAGGAAGCUGCAACGGAGUGUCUGGCCAAAAUUCGCGGUCGUUCUCACGAAGCCGUGAAAAGUGAGGUUGACAAAAUGGAGAGAGAAAUUCAAAUGUCUAUGGCUAAAACUGCCACGUUCGCCGAUGUAUUCCGUGGAAGCAAUUUCAAGGCGUUAUACAUCUCGUUGACGUUGAUGCUCCUGCAGCAGGUCAGCGGUAUCAACGCUGUGCUCUUCUUUUUGAGCAAUAUCUUCUCAGAAGCCGGAGCCAGCCUUGAUGCGUCCAUUUCGGCUAUUAUUGUUGGAGCAAUGCAGGUGCUUGCAUCCUCGCUUACCCCCUUUGCGGCCGACAAACUUGGUCGUCGUCCCCUGCUGCUCAUUUCAAGUUGUGGUACCAGUAUUGGACUAGGUCUUUUAGCAGUGUACUUUAUCCUUGCUGAAAAUGAAAAUCCUGUAGUGGAGAGUAUCGGCUUCCUGCCGAUCGUGGCUUUAGUCCUGUUUAUAGUGACGUACUGCUGGGGCCUGGGGCCUCUGCCAUGGGGCCGUCAUGUCCGAGCUCUUUCCAAUCGAAGUUAA